UAACACAGGAAAACUUCAGUUUCUUUACAGUUUUCACACAGACAAGAUCUUAUAGCAGUAACGGAAGCAGCAACCUUCUGGAUUUAACUCUUUUCUGCAGAUUAAACGGAAUAAACAUCAAAGUCAAAAUGGGUAAAUGUAUUAAAACACUGAAGUAUAUGCUUUUCGCCUUCAAUCUAUUGUUUUGGGCUGCUGGAUGUGCCACAAUAGCCAUUGGAAUCUACUUUGUUGUUAACAAUGUUUAUGGGGCCCUGUUUCCCGAUAGUCCCUCUAUAACAAUUGGCAAUAUCCUAAUUUUAUUUGGCUGCAUUAUAAUGGUAUUUGGAUUUCUAGGAUGUAUGGGAGCAAUUAAAGAGAACAAAUGCCUACUUCUUACUUUCUUUAUUUUGCUCUUGCUGAUUCUGUUGAUAGAAGUUGUACUGGCCAUCGUUCUCUUCGUCUAUGAAAAAGAGAUAGAUCCUUAUGUAACAAGACAGCUAAGUAAAGGUUUUGAAAAUCAUAAUCAAAGAAAUAAUAAUUCAACGUUUUGGGAUGAUUUACAGUUUAGGUUCCAAUGCUGUGGAAUCAAUGGUUCAUCAGACUGGAAAGAUGAAAUUCCCAAAUCUUGUUGCAAUGCAGGCGACAAGGAGUGCACAAAAGAAAAUGCAUUUAAAGAGGGAUGUGCUGUGUUUUUCAGAUCAUGGUUUGAAAAAAAUUUCCUUUAUGUCGGAAUAGCUACCAUCUGUAUUUCUAUCAUAGAGGUUCUAGGAAUGUCUUUCGCAUUGACAUUAUACUGCCACAUUUCCAGAAGCAGUGGUUCUUUUAUUAAAUAAAGAAAGUAAAGACCAAGAUCUUUCUUCAAAGAUGUACUACGCCCAUUUUUGUUGCCCGUAAUGCUAACUCAGCAACAAUAUUCUAGCAGUGCCAUUUCUUUCAUUCAAGUUGUAGCCACAGUUUUUAACUGUUUUAUUAUGGGAAGCUCUAUCAUGCUCUAUCAUGUUACCCGCGCCCCCCAGUCUGACCAUUAGUCCAGACUCCAGACGAUACUCUUCUGUGUCAGUCUCUUUUGCAUGGCUGACUGACUAAACUACAGUAUUACAUUGUCAUCUAUCAAAUCCUUUCCCCCCACACAGCUCCACCCCCUUAUUCCUCUGUAUGUCCCUCCAUGCAUAGAUUCGGCAGAAAUUGUAUCUUCAGAAGUGCUCUAAAGGUGGGUUUACCGUUCCUUCACGACAGUCAGCUACUCGCUUAGUGAAGGAGACCACUGUAUUUACAUGCAGCGAUCUCCUUCACAGUAUGAGGAUGAGGGAUCGCUAUUGUGAUCCCUCGUCCCCUUACAGAAUCACUGUUUCUGGUCAGCAGAUCAUUGAUUACACUGCACAAUCUGCUGCCCUGAAACUAUGAUCGGUGGUGCGUGCACGAACGACAGGAUCACCCGAUGAACGAGCGUUUUGCUCAUGUAUUGGGUGAUCAGCGGCACAUUUAGAUGGCCAAAUUAUGGGGAAUGAUCGUUCGCAGGCUACCAGCAGUGUGAACUGAGUCUAAGCGGCUAUUGGUGUGUGUAUAUAUAGCUAAUGCUUACUGAACUUUCAAAAUAUUUAUUGAACUGGGCUUUUUUGUGUUUUUAUACAAAAUUGUGUGAAAUAUUUGGAUAGUUUCAUUAUAAUGGACACCGGUAUAAAUAUUUUAUAAAAAAAUGUUAAAAGGGUUGUCUGGGAUCAGAAAAAAACAGGUAACACUGAAGAUUAGCCUGAAAAAUAGAGCAGUACCUACCUUGCAGAUCCAACACUGCAGCUCCAGUUCUCCCAGCUGGCCUCCUUUUGUCCGACUGGAGCGGAGAUGUCGUGUCAGCAACACGUGACUGCCAAUCACUGGCCUUUUCAGGACAACACUGACGCCAGUAAUUGACAGCAGAGGGGUAAACAGAGCCCAGCCAGGAGAACUAGAGCUGCAGCGUUGGAUCUGCAAGGUACUGGUUUCUUACUGUAAAUGGUUAGCCCCUUUAAUUCAAUCAUCUCACAGUAAGUACGGAGAAGGCUGCAGCGCUCACAGGAGCGCCAAUGCUUUCUUAAACAGCUGAUCGGCGGGGGUCCCAGAUGUCGGACCCCCGUUGACCAGGUACUGAUGACUUAUACUGUGGAUAGGUCAUCAGUAUCAACAUCUCGGAAAACCCCUUUCAUUAAAAAGCUCCAAUUUUGUGUGCACAGCUCCUAUGUAGGCCUAUAUAACACCACAAUAACAGAAUAUAAAAAAAACUGCAGAUUCAUCAUGAAGUUAUAUUGCCAUCCAUCUGUCCACUUUUUCUUGAAAACCUACCAAAUGUAUUAGGAAAAGGGGACAGAUGGAAAUAAGUAUUCCUUGCAGGCAUGGGCGUCCGCAGAAAAGUUGUAUCCCUGGUUCUAUAGCUCCCUCUGCCUCCCCUCUCCCUCAUAUAUAAUAAAAUGGUACUUUUAUUCCAGUCUGCAGUCACAGUGUGCGACACUGCCCUAGGAAGUACCUCUAGCUGCCAUAUGAGGAGUGGUCAGUGGAUGUAUUCCUAGGCAGUAAUGUAAACACUGGAUUUUCUCUGAAAACACAGGGUUUACUGCAAAAAGCUUGAAGGGGCUGAUUAUACUCACCAGAACUAAUAUAAUAAGCUGUAGUUGUUCUUGACCUGGUGACUAUAGUGUGCAAUGCAUCACAUUAGUCAUACACCCAUGGUCAUUUUCCAUAAUUUAUUUGAUAGACAGCUACAGUAGAUAUUUCUUAAUGACCGAUAAUGCUUUCCUAUACUGUAAGUGGAACCAAAAAAUGGUUUCCAAAAACGAGCUUUGGGGAAAAAAUGCAGAAUGCAACCUCCUACAUGGAAUUAUAAAACGGGCACGUGUAUGAAGCCUAACUGCAGAUAUAAGAGGGUGGAACGGAACCCCGUUUGUGAAUAGGAAGCCACCACAAAAGGAAAGACCAAUUCUUCUUAUUUCACUUGAAUGUCUAUUAAUUCUAUUAUUUUUGCACCCCUUUGUUAUAGUCUCAGCAUUCAGCAAUAUGUUAAUUUGCAUUUUGUCGCCAACAAAUGAAAUGUUGUGUUCUGUACCUGAACACUUCCAGGCUUUUGUCAUAUGUAACUUACAAGCAGAUGGUCUGCAGAAUACCAGGCCUACCACCAGUAUUACCCCCUUCAUAUACCGCCUGCCUACCUGGUCACCCUGACCAGGCGGUAUAUGAUUGAAGGGGCAAUACUGCCUGGUAUAUGGACAGCAGAGAUGAAAUCCUCUGGGCAGUACUGUCUAUGGUCAUCCUUCACCAGCACCCUGACUGCCACCUGCUUGGCCUGGAUGUCAUGGCACUUCACUGCCUACUGCUUGGCUAUAAGUGACUCACCCCAUACCUAACACUCAGGGUCAGGGAGUGACUCAGUAGUCACACUGACACUGACUGACUUGUCACUCACUGAUAGCCAAGCAGGUGGCAGUCAGGGUGCUUGUGAAGGAUGAAUUGACCAUAGACAGUACUGCCCAGAGGAUGCCAUAUCUGCUGUCCAUAUAAUACCAGGCAGUAUUGCCCCUUCAUAUACCGCCUGGUCACCCCACACCUAACACUCAGGGAGUACUGUCACACUGACUGGUCUGUGACACUGACUGUCAGUCACUCACUGUGUUAGUGUCGCUCUCGCUUAUUCAUUCAGGCUGCCUGUGAUUGUGGAGUCCUGAAGCAGCCGGCACACUGCGGGCGGCUCUUCUUCUUGCUCCGGCUCCGCAAUGUCUUUCCCGCCCGGAAGGUGGGCGGAGCUUCGUACUGCCGUGCGCGCCCCGCCCUGGUGAUUCAUCGGGGCGCGUGCAUGCUCCUGAUAGAUACCGCUCCUCACUCUGCGGCGCUGCGCAGUGCAGCAGCUGCAGAGCAGAGGCAGAACUCAGUUCACAGAUUUCCACGGCCCCAGGGGGGGGGCACUUGCGGACGCCCAUGCUUGCAGGAUCAGACUAAGGGCUCAUGCACACGACUGUUGUUUUGCGGUCUGUUUUUCACGCAUCCGUUGUUCCAUAUCUGAGGUUUUCUUUUCUCUGAUUUAAGUCCUUUUCCGUUCCGUUAUUCCACAAAACAU